CUAUGACGUCACCAGCUCGCCGAGCAGGCAACUUGAAAGCCAGUCGUGGUUGAUGGAGCGUUGAUUUAAUCUCGGUGACUCGGGAUUUCUCGCUUUUGAGUGUGUCUGCAGCUUCAGAGAUGUGCGCUGAGAGUAUUCCUCGUGUCGGGAACAGCAUGUGAGCUCCUGUUUGAAGGCAACCACCGAGUAAAUGGACGAACAAGAAGACCCGAGCGACAGCGUGUGCGCUGGAUGCAGAGGCAGGAUUCAGGAUGCCUUUCAUGUCAAGCUGCACAAAGACUUCUGGCACAACGCUUGUUUUCGGUGCUCCGAGUGCUGUGAUCUCCUGACCAACUGGUACUACGAGAGGGAGGGCAAACUCUACUGUGGAAAACACUACUGGGAGAAUUUCGGGGAGCUGUGUCAUGGCUGCUCAUUGCUAAUGACCGGACCAGCUAUGGUGGCUGGAGAGUACAAGUAUCAUCCCGAGUGUUUUGUGUGUCUGAGGUGUAAGGUGGUGAUCGAGGAACAGGAUACGUACGCCCUGGUGGAGCGCUUCAAACUGUACUGUGGUAAAUGUUACAAGCAGGAGGUUUUGGCACCGAUGCUGGAAAGGCGCUGCACGGCUGACUCGUCUCCCGACACGCUGCCUCACACCGUGACGCUGGUGUCCAUGCCAGCGGCUGCUAAUGGGAAACGCGGCUUCAGCGUUAGCGUGCUCCGGGACUGCAGCAGCACUACAGCCAGCGUGCACAUCAAAGAGGUACGGGGGAUGCUGAUCAGCCCGGAGGUACGGAACGCAAUCCAUGUCGGUGACCGCAUCCUGGAGAUCAAUGGACUUCCAGUAGGAACACUGAUGGAGGACGAGGUGGAGGAUCUCAUCCAUCGAACCAGUCAGACGUUGCAGCUGCUGAUCGAGUAUGACCCGGUCAGACAGAGACUGGACCGACUCCGUCUAGGCACGUCCAAUAUCCGCCUGGGCGUUCCCGCCUCCUCACGUCUGCGUCUGUCUUCCCCGACUGACGGAGUGAUUGAGAGGACAAAUAACGAUGACGGGACACUGAAAAGAAGAUCUCUCAGGCGCAGUAACAGUAUCUGUAAGUCCCCGGUUAGUUCUCCUAAGGACCACCCGUUUCUGGCACGGGACAUCAGUCGCUCCGAAUCACUCCGAGCCUCCUCCAGCAGCUCCCAUCGCAUUUUCCGACCAUGUGACCUCAUCCACGGAGAGGUGCUCGGCAAAGGCUUCUUCGGUCAGGCCAUCAAGGUCACCCAUAAGGCCACAGGAGAGGUCAUGGUCAUGAAGGAGCUGAUCCGGUGUGAUGAAGAGACACAGAAAACCUUCCUAAAAGAGGUCAAAGUGAUGAGGAGUUUAGAUCAUCCUAAUGUCCUCAAGUUCAUUGGUGUGUUGUAUAAAGACAAGCGGCUCAAUCUAAUCACGGAGUUCAUCGAGGGUGGAACCCUGAAGGACUUCAUUAGAGAUGUGGACCCGUUCCCAUGGAGGCAGAGGGUUAGCUUUGCCAAGGGCAUUGCUUCAGGAAUGUCAUAUCUGCACUCGAUGAGCAUCAUCCACAGAGAUCUGAACUCGCACAACUGCCUGGUAAAACUGCUUUUCGCAUGGAAGGGAGUGGGACUCUUGUCUUCCCACAUGGCAGGGAGAUUUGACAACACGGUGGUGGUGGCGGACUUUGGCCUGUCCCGUCUCGUCAUGGAGGACAAGGUGAAGCAGCCCCCUCCUGACAAGCCCACCAGCAAGAAAAGGAUAUUGCGUCGCAUCGACCGCAAAAAGCGCUACACAGUGGUGGGCAACCCGUACUGGAUGGCUCCGGAGAUGCUGAACGGUAAACGCUACGACGAGAAGGUGGACAUUUUCUCCUACGGCAUUGUGCUCUGUGAGAUCAUCGGGCAGGUGUACGCCGAUCCCGAGUGUCUGCCCCGCACACUGGACUUCGGGCUCAACGUGGGCAAGUUUACAGAGAAGUUUCUACCUGAAGACUGUCCUCCUGCGUUCUUCCCAUUAGCCGUGGCCUGCUGCGAUCUCGUUCCUGACAGCCGGCCAGCCUUCCAGAAGCUAGAGGACUGUUUCGAAGCCUUGGCGCUAAACCUGGAGCUCGGGAUCCCUCUUCCGGCAGAACUUGAUGAGCUGCAGCACAGCCUUUCGAAGUCCAACAGGCCCGAGAGUGACGAUCUGUCCCCAAAAUCCAGCUCUUCUUCGGAGCGCUCCAGCCUGGAAAACAACGCCACAUAGCCGGAGAGCGCAAAACAUGUAGAGAUCAAGUUGGGCCUGCACACAGACCUCAUGAGUCGGUGACCAAUUUAUUAUUUCCUACAUGGACAAGUUUACAUGAACGGAUAUGCUGGAUUCUGUGCACUUGGUGUGUUUACAAUGCGUUCACACUGGGGUGCUUGUGUUGAGUCAGAAUGUUGAGGGAGGCACAUUUCAUGACUCAAGAAGGUUUUUUUUUUCUUUCCUUUGUCUGUCAAGGGUAAGGGUUUUUUCCCCCCCUUACAGACUAAUUUGGGAUAUUUUGGCAUCUCUUUUCCUAUUUAUAUCUGGAGUGCUUGCAACUAGAGGCAUCAUGACGAAUCUGUAAAACAAACUCAAAUGACAUGCAGCUGCUAGGAUCAGAAUAAAACUCACAACGGUCUUACUGCGGCUUCUGUUGUGUAUCUGUGAGCAUGCGUCGAUCUUCUUUGAAUUAAAUCAGUAGUAUCUUGUUGCUGGAGAGACCAUUAAUCACUUAGACAACUUUGUAGCAUGACUUUAGAAGUCUUGGAGUGCAGACUGUUUAAAUCAGGUCGUUACUGAAUACUGAACUAAGCACUUGGGCUGGUUAAAAAGACAAAGUUCACGAUGGAUUACUGAACCCUGCUGCCCCCUGGUGGUUGAUUCUUAAAUUUAAAAGAAUGAAAAAAUAGAAUACACUGCAGCAGCAGUUUUUUUUUCUGUUUGACUUCCAACUACAAAAAAAAAAAAAAUCAUUCCUAAAUGAUUGGUAAGUCUUUAUCCUGGACAAGUUGUUACAGAUUUUUGUAUAUGUUUAUUUUCAAAUCAGCUGCCAUUUUGGUAGCAUUGAUAUUUCUGGAAAAGCACAGAAACAUAACUGGAUGAGUUUUUUGUUUGUUUGUUUAAUAAGAAUUAUGAUAAUGAGAAUUGUUAGUGUCAGAAUUGUAUAGAAGUUGUAAUUGCAGUGUGGGAUAACUUUGGUUUGCUGAUUGCAUUUUGUAGAAUGUAAAAAGUCCAUUUCCUUCCCCCUAACAUAAGGUACUUGAUGUGUGAACAUCAUAACCACUGAUAUUUGUAUUUCCCGUGUUUCUGACUCUAAUGUUUCACAAAUAAAUUACUUAAUUAACACUU